AACCCAUACAAGUCUGGAGGCACUUCUAACGGGUGGAGGAAAGGUGGAAGCGGAGAUGGCAGCUCUCUUAUAAUCUGCGCUACUGAAAGCCAGUUUUCUAUUGUUCUCGUUCCGUGUAAAUGGGAGCUGAUAAGCUUCGCGCUGCAUGCUGAACAUUGCGGAGCGGGAGGGCAGAGAGUGGAAGAAGACAGGCGAGAGAGAGAGAGAGAGAAAGAGAGAGAGAGCGGGAGAGAGGGAGGGAAAGAGGGAGAGAGGCGGCGGUGUGAGAGACACGACACCGCACGGUAGUUUUCGCCUCGUCUCCUCUUUCUUCCAGAGGCUGGACUUGUUUGAAGAAAAGCAGAUACGGAUUCGGCCGAGGACGCGGGACCACUCCGAGGGAGCUCGGCGAGAGACCCCACGAUGAAGAAGAACAAUUCAACAAAGCGGGGCUUGCAGGACACCAGCCAGCACCCCGCUCAACCAGACAAAAUCGGCUGGAUCCGUAAGUACUGUGGCAAAGGCCUCUUCAGGGAAAUAUGGAAAAACAGAUUCGUCGUGCUAAAAGGAGAGAAGCUCUACAUCUCCGAAAAAGAGGUGAAGGAUGAGAAGAAAAUCCAUGAGGUGGUGGACCUUACAGACUACGAGAGGUCUGAGGAGCUUCGCAAGGCCAAGAGUCGCACCAAGAAAAACCACAGCAAGUUCACUCUUCUGUGCUCCCGCCAGCCAGGCAACACAGUUCCAAAUCUGGUCUUCCUGGCUGUCAGUCCUGAGGAGAAGGAGUCAUGGAUCAAUGCUUUAAACAUAGCCAUCACCAGGUCCAAGAACCGCAUCCUGGACGAGGUUACGGUAGAGGGGGACAGCUGCCUGGCCCAUCCCACACGUGACCGAGCUAAGAUUCCACACACUCGCCGACUGCCCACCCGUGGACACCUUAUGGCUGUGGCCUCAACGUCCUCAUCAGACGGCAUGCUGACUCUUGAUCUCAUACAGGAGGAAGAUGUGCCAGCAUCUGAAGAAAAGGAUGCCUGUGAAAAGAACUUUCAUCUCACUCCAAAGUCGUGUGUGGACAGCAGCAAACUCUUGCCUGGCGCUGAGGCCCCUGGCAAGUCUCAGAGCCUGCCACGAAAGAGUGAGAGCGCCUGGGACUGGUCAGUGUCAGACAACCAAAGCCAAACACCCAAGGCUGGAAAAAAACUCACAGGAGCUGAGAAGAACCGCUGCGCCUCCAUGGACGAAAUCCUGUCACACUCAGAGACACGGGCCACCAAGAGACCCAUCCCCCACUGCUCCGUGUCCGCUCCCACUCACCCCAUCGGGCAUCUGCAGGAGCUCAUCUCUCAGAAGCUGGAGAGAACUCAGGAGCUGCUGACUGAAGUGAAAGGGCCCAGCCAGGGAAAAGGGAAAGACUCAACCCCUGGCAAGGGUUCCAGUGCGGAGGGACAGCGGGCCGAGGCCGAGCGGCUGCUGGAGGAGGCAGCGUCCACCUGGGGCCAGGCACGGGAUGUCCUUGAGGAGGUGAAGGAGCUGAGAGUGCUUUACAGGCAGCUGGACUCAGCCACAUCCUCUGCGCUCUGCUCUUCACCCAGCAGCAAGCUGAAGAACCAGCAGCAGACUAACUACAGGAAAAGCAUGAUGUGAAGACGUGAGGGAUGGAUAAGGUGCAAUGUCGCUAAAAGGACUUCCCAGAAGGGCUGCACAAUUAUGACAAAUGAUUGCAAUUCAUUUGAAUGAUAUUCUGGUCAGUCUGGAUUUGGACAGACAAUUUGCCAGGCAUACCCAUUUACUCAAAAUGGGCCCAAUUUGACAAAAGCUUUGUAAAGUACUCUGGCAGUCAAAAAGAAUUGCUAUCAUGCAUGUUGUACACUGAUGUCCACCAACUGUUAUUAAUCUUUUCUUCUGUCUGUUAAUGGAAGAAAAUCACAACAAAUGACAGAUAUUCCAACAAGACAAAGCAAGAUGCCACAUACUACAUUCCCUUUUUGCCCAGUACAGAACAGCCAGUCACAAUAGAGCUCAUUUACAUACAUCAUUCUUACCAAAAACAUCUUUUUUAAUUUUAAGGCAUAAAGAGAUGUAAAAACUCAUCUGGUCAUGUAAAAACUAAUUAGGACUACUUUUCAUGAAUAAAAACCUUUAACUCUUUAAAUGAUGCCUGAAUGUGAAUGAAUGUGUGGCAUCUUGCUUUAUCUUGUUGACGUGUCUGUUAUUUGUUAUGAUUUUGCUUCUUAAGCGAACAGACAUGAAAAUGAUUUACAUCAGUGCAUGACAUGGUCGUGUGAGCAGUUCUUUGUGGCUGCUCAUUUGAACCAUUAGAAAGCAUUUAAAGUGAUGCUACCCUCUUCCAUCUUUAUGGUAUAGUGGUUUUGGUAAACUCACCCAAGAACAUCAGUUUAGGUCAGCGUACCUAUAGCACAUAGGAAUUCUUCAGUGCUUUUUAUAAGCAGAAAUGUUUGUGAAGCAGCAAACAUACUUUUGUUACUCUUCACUCCAGUGGAUCAAUGUCCCACUGUGUGUAUAGAUCUUCCUCAUUUCCUCAGUGGAUUCUGUUGUGUUGACUGAACAUUGUGAAACUGAAUAACAUGCAUUACCAUGUAUAUAUGUUAGAAUUAUACAAGCAGUUUUUAGACCUGAUUUACUACAGUUGAUAGCAUGUGCAAACAAGCCAGAAAACACCAGUGAUACUUGCCAUAACCCAGUUAUAAUUUUACUAAAAUUGCAUAGACUAACCAUAUUGAACAUGCUAUUUGCUUUAGUAAAUGCAGGUCCUGGUUUGUCUCACUCAGUUCAGGGUCAGAGGUUUAGAGCUGAUUUUCCAUAUAAUUGCUGCUCUAUAACAUCAGCAUUAAUCAAACAACAUGGGACUACUGGUCUCUGCUUAUAUGGCUGUAUUAGCUUUCGCCAUACGAAUGAUAGGCCAGGGUGUAAUGUAGUGCUUGAUCUAAGUCUGAGCACUUCACGAAGGGGAGUGUUACAUAAGACAGUGCAAAGCAGCUGAGACAGAUGGACAUACUGAGAAAACCACUGUCAUCACCAGCCCCUCUCAUGCGAAUGUGAAUGUUUUCCUUUUCUUCUUCAUAAUACACUGGAACAGCUCUGGUCCAUCCCCAACUCUAUGGACUCUAUGAGGCUGUGAGAGCCUUUGCUGCUUCGCUCCUGUUUUUUUCCAAUGAUGCUCAGCACAUAUGCUGUAUUAUAUACAGGUCUACUAACAAUGACAUCUUUGUCACGAUGGCUGUGGAUAAAAAGGUUCAAAAGUGAUGAGAAAAGCUGAUUUGGACUUUUACAUUUGCUGGUUGACAUCAUUACAUGUUCUCCACAAGCUUUCUUCAAGUGUAGGUGGACUCAAACUCUGAAAAAGCCAUGUGUAAUCAUAUUGUACUAAAUGCUGAUAAAAUCUGGUGCCAGUGUUGCUGCAGGUUUGGAAGGAAGAAGCGACAGAGCUGCCAUUAGAGCUGAGACUUCACGCAGUAAGGAGGCUAAAGAUAGCUCAGAUGAAAUGGAUAAUAAUCUCAGAUUUGCACUAUAGAAUGCUUUAAAAUGAGAAUCACACUGGCAAGCUGUCUUUUAAAAACUGAAAGAACUGAACAGACAAUCUACCAGUAGAAAAAUGUUCCUAAAAUGUUGGCCUCUUCGGGAAAAAAAAAGACUCAAAAGCUGCCUUAGUGUACUUUCAAAUGACACAUGCAAUCUGCAUGCCAGUCUCAAAGACACUGCUUCUGUUUUCCAUUAUUAAAAUUUCACCUCCAAGUUGCCUGCGCUCAAAGCAAAGGUGAGUGGAGCAGUGGCACAGAGGCCUUUAAGUCAGAUCUGAAUUGCUGGUGCAAUUCUACAGAAUUUUUGUCUUUAGAGAACUAUGCAAUAUUGCAUAUGGGCCUGAAAAAACGCAUCAGUACGUACUGGUGUACAGCGUGGCAUUGCAACAGACCAAAGGGUGUAUUGCCAGUAUCUAAAUGUCUUGUUUUACAGUUUGUUGCUAAAUAACAUGUUUGCACAAAUCUAUGGGUACGAUUGAAUCUGUUCUGUCAUUCAGACUUGAUUACAACCAGUGUUAUUUUUUGUACAUUUUAUUGUAAAGUGCUUUUUUGUAGAGUGAAAAUAUUUUAGUUUUUUUUUUUUUUUUGCUUUUAAAAUGAUUGACUUUUACAACGCUCUGGAAAAAAACAGCGUAAUCACUUUGUCUGGCUCUGGGGCAUCAUGGUGUCUUGUGGAAAAUCUUGUUGGCAAAAAAAUGUAACAAAGCACAAUACAUUCUCAUGGCUGUCCUGGCAUUUUGGUAGUCUAUGUAGUAGAUGUGCUGACUCACCCUUUUGAUUCAGGCGCUAACAAAAAACAUUUCUAAUACAAUCCAAUUGCUGCAAAGAUGCCAAUAGUCGCUAUACUUCGCACAUGUGCAUUUGUAACUUUGGUCCAGUCAGAAUAAUUGGUUUGUCCAAUGAGCUGACGUUAUUAUGACUAGAUAGCACCAGAGAAAAGUGAACAUAAUUGCCCAAAUAUUGGUCAGAUAGUGACAUUAUCCCAGCUGUCCAGAAGCAAACUGGGUUACAGGAACCAGAACAUCAUAACUGAUCCCUACAUACAGACUGUAUAUAGAAUCAUGGCUACAGCCAAAAUACUGCUGUACCUACGGUCAUUUUCACACAGUAUUCCACUUACUUCAGAUGUAGUCGAUCAGCCAAGACAUUUGAUGUCCAAACUUUGCUUCUUUAGUUUAAAACUGGAGCUACAAGCCUAAGGCUGCUAACAAAGACUAGAAUCAAUAGUUUUCCAUGAAUUUAUGCUUGCUCAAACUGCAUCCAGGUCUUCAUUAAGCUCAUAAAUGAUUUGUCCGUGUGGUUUAUUACACAGUAUGCCUUAACUGUGAAAAUGAACAAAUCAAAACUACACACUGUAGCUAAUGCAGGUAGGGCAGCCAUUUUAGACAAGAGGUGUAGACAGCAGCAAGUCAUACUGUGUCUUAAGACAACAUUAACAAGUCAUUAACUUUAAUGAAGACCUGGAUGCAGUUUCAGAGGGUUGGAAAAGUAUUUUUUGGGAGGUAUUUGUGGAAAGGUUGUGCGAGACUGUUGGCUUCUAGAGUUUGUUAGCAAUGUUAGCCUUGUAGCUAAAGCGCUAAACUAAAGAAGCAAAACUGGGACACCAAACAUGUCUUAGCUGAUCUGGGGUGAGAGGAAGACUGUAUAAAUUGUAUGUUCUGUUUAUUCUGUUUAUACUUAAGAACAAGAGUAUGACUACCCAAAGCUUUUCGUAUACUUUGUGACUAUUCCUGUAAGCCGUAAGGCUUAGCUGUUGUAGCUAUUCCUCUGAACUUUGAACUUCUAGUUGUAAUAUAUAGGAAUGACUGAAUGUAAGUAGGAGAAUUACCUAAUUUGGCUCUAGACCAACUGUCAGAUUUGUGCUCCCAGGAGUAGCAGGCUGUGUCACUAAUUAAUAUAGCAUACUUAUUCUAGUCCACCUGUGGCCCAGUGAUUUAAAUGUUUAAUGUACUCGGACAAGUGGUUUCCAUCUGUGUAUUACAUUAACGGGAGACUGGGAGAGUAAGCUUUGCUAAGGAGGGCUUGAAUGUUAAUAAUGGUUAGGCUCUGGACUGUUCCUGAUUCUGUGCUCUACAUUACACCACCACUGCGAUGCCGAGCAGCCACAGGCUGCUGGAAAUACCUCAGAAUUGCAGCUAUGUACCUCAAACACCUUAAUUUCAUGGAUUUAUUUACUGUCUGAAAACAGUGACAUUUUGUAAAAUUGAUGGUGUAUCCCCUCAGCGUCCUUCUGCUACUUGUAAGGCCAGUCUGCAGGUAUCACAACAAAACUGGAUACAGUUGUGAAUAUUUAAAUGUAGGUGUUGCACUUAAGUUUUUUAUGCUCAGGAUUGGCGCAUCUCUGAUAUACUUGAGACACAACCACUUGUGCAAUUAAAAACAUCCCUGCUCCACAAGCCCGUUGAAAUACUGAGUGAAUGUGUAUUUCUUUUCUUGACAGCAAUAGUAACAUUAAUUUAGAGCUAUGCCAAAGACGCUCACCAGGUAAAUGUAACAACGCAGAUAACAGUGAAUCAGAAAUUUCCAGAUGAAGAAGGGUAGCUAUGCGAAUGAUUCCACCUUUUUUCAAAUACAUGUCUUUUUAUUCUCAUAUUGCUGUCAAGGAUGACCUUAAAUAUUAACAUGGACAGCAAUCAGUAAGGCCAAACAAAUCGCAUCAAGUGCUGUGGGAGUAUAUUCCUUCUUGAAUUUGAGCACCUUCUAUAGAUUUUUCUUCUCCAAUGUGCUGAAUUAAAUAAAUACAUUUUUAAAUCAUCAGUAAUCAUCUGUUUUUCAUAUGGUAAGAACAAUACAGUUUAGUUUCAUUUAAUGAUCCAUGGUCCAAAAGCCACCUGCAAUUGAAUUUGGUUUCAUUAAGACAGAAUUCUAUCAAUCCUACUGUAACACAACAUCUAAAGCCAUUUUUCUUCUUGUUGCUGAACCUUUCCUUUCUUAAAGCUGAUUCAUUUGGAAUAAAACUACUAAUGAAA